CCCCAAAUCAACACCCAACUCUUCAAAAUUCGAAACCCAAAAAUUUAAUAGCAAAAAUCCAAAGCGCCAAAGACUUGAGAUUUCAAAGCAAAUUCAACCCGGCGCUCUCCUUCUCCAUUCUCACUACAAAUCCCCCAUCUCACUCAAACCACUCUAUUAGUACUUCUCUCUCUCUCAGCUCAGAAAACUCACUGAACUGUAAUGGCUUUUUUUACCGUGGCUGAGAAAUGCGCUCCGAUUACGCGCGCGGCGGCCAAGAGGAGGGUGGUGGCGGCCUUGGCCGAGGAGCAGCAGCUGGUGACUAAGAAGCGCACCGUGCUCGGAGAUCUCACCAACUUGGCAAACGUCGUCGUUUUGGCCUCAAAAAACCCCAACUUGGAUUUUGCGAUACGGAAACCCACAUGUGAAAGAAAGAGAGCUGCGCCGGAGCGGGUCAAUGAAGACCCACAACUUUGUGGGCCUUAUGCUUCUGAUAUCUAUGCCUAUCUUCGCAGAAUGGAGGUGGAGCCAAAGAGAAGGCCAUUGCCUGAUUACAUGGAGAGAAUUCAGAAGGAUGCUAUUAAUGCUAAUAUGAGAGGGAUUCUUGUGGAUUGGUUGGUAGAGGUUGCGGAAGAUUUUAAACUUCUUCCGGACACUCUUCAUUUAUCUGUUUCCUACAUUGAUAAAUAUUUGUCGAUGAAUGUGAUCAAUAAGCAUAAGCUUGAGCUGUUGGGAGUUGCUUCAAUGUUCAUUGCCUCGAAGUACGAAGAGAUAAAUCCUCCACUUAGUGACAUGAUAGAAAGUACAUACAACAAAGCAGAGGUGAUCAAGAUGGAGGCUGAUAUCCUCAAAUCCCUCAAAUUUGAAAUGGGGAAUCCUACUGUUCGGACCUUUUUAAGAAAGUUUACUGAUGUUGCUCAAGGGAAUUAUAAAACUCCCAAUUUGGAGUUUGAGUUCUUGGUUUCUUACCUUGGAGAGCUAAGUUUGUUGGAUUACAAAUGUGUGAAAUUCUUACCUUCUAUGGUAGCUUCAUCAGUUGUUUUCCUUGCAAGAUUAAUGAUCAGAUCAAAGAUUAAUCCUUGGUGUUCAACAUUGCAACAUUACACUGGAUACAAAGCAGCUGAUUUGAAAGAUUGUGUUGUUGUGCUUCAUGACUUGUACUUGGGUAGAAGAGGAGGAUUGUUACAAGUUGUGCGAGAGAAAUACAAACAACAUAAGUUCAAGUAUGUGGCAAACCUUCCCUGCCCUCCAGAGCUACCAGCUCCUCUGUUUGAUAAUGUGAAGGCAUGAUUGAUGAGAUUAGCAUUGGGUUUAUGUUGAAACUAUGAGGAUGGCUGUUGUGGCAAGGGUUGUCUCAAUUUGUUUGAAAUAUCUGGCUAAGGGCUUACUGAGCAAUCUCACUGGAGGAGUAAUUUGAAGGGUGUUGACAGAUGAGAAUGGGAUAUCGAUGAAAUCUGUUUAGGUGGAUUGAAAGCUUUCCACUCUUCUGUGUUACUCUAUUCCAGGCAUGGAGUAGCAGUUAAAGAAAAUGAGCCAACUUAGAGAAGGGGUUACAUAUGCAGAUGUGUUGCCAACCUCAGCUCCUCAGGGUUAUGGGAUGUAACUUCGGCAUACUCACAAAUAGAAAAUGGAUAAGCUAAGGUGCUGUGUCCCCUUGAUAUAGCUACAAAAGCAACAAUUAAGUUGCAGAGUAGUUGCCUUCCUCCAACUGAUACAACCAGUAGCACCCCUCUGUGGUGGUGUUAAUGAUGAGAAAACACAGUUCAUGAUCCGUGAUUGAUCUUAUUGUAGAAUGUUGGUGAUUGCUUAAUGUUGGGCAGUGAGGAAUGCACUGCAUAUUUAGGAUGUGGUCGGGUAAUGUCACAUUACAUGCAAGUGUGCUGAACUCCAAAGUAUACAACUUGCAAGUUGUACUGUCUUUGUAUUUUCAGUCCUGUAUUCUUCACCUUCUAAUGACAUACAAUGAAGUUACCAAUCACAACAUCAAC